AUGGGUGUCAGGUGACUUAAAGGAAGAGUAUUUUAAGACAGCAAGAGUAAUGGAGAAAGCACUGCUUAGAAACGUUAAUGAGAGCAACUGUGGAAGGGAGCAUGUGGUGCCCAGCAUUGUACAACUUGGGUUUUUAAUGCUUGAAGGUGUUGAGGAAGGAAGCCAUAAAGACUUCAACAAGUUAGAUGGCAUCAUGGGUCCUGAGGAACUAGGUACUGCUAUGCUCAGAAGUAUAUUUGAAGUUCAUGAUAUGGCCAGAAAUGAGAUAAUUGAGCAGUGCAAACUCCGCAUUCUUUCUUUGAAUCCAGAACAAGGUCUUCUGAUUGUAAGACUGCUUGGUUGUCUAAUCCGGAGAUAUUCAUAUCCGAUGCUUGAACAUAUCUCACAUCUGAAAGCAUUAUUGGAUUAUUUUACAUUCAUGAAUGGCAAGGUGUCCUCUCAUUUGGUUACUGCCCUUUUGCCUCUCGUCAAACAAAGUCAUGAUCUCCAGGAUUAUAUCAUUCUAGUCUUGCGUAAAGCUAUGUUUAGAAGAGAGGAUCCAGUUCGUUAUGCAGCAAUCAGUUCCAUUAUUGAUUUGGUAUUGGGAGAAAAACAACAUCAAAGAGGCGAUACAUUUUCCUUACAAGAAUCAAGCAGCCAAGCUAGUUGUAGCCAACAGGCUGAAGUUCUAUGUGCAGCUGGAUCUGGUUUGUUCUUGGAGCUUAAUGGGUCGCUGCAGAGAUGCUUUUAUCAGCAGGCAAGAGUCAGAGAGAUCCUUUACUAUGGACUGGUUAAGCUUGUUUUGGUGGAUCCUUUAUCUGCUGGGCCUGUUCUUGAUUUUCUCUUGCCUCACUUCUUUCAGUUUUACAAGGAGGAUGCAGAUGUUCAGUUGAAUGUCUACCAAUGCGUUAAAUCUGAAAGUGGGAAAAUUUAUAUUGAGGAGCCACUGGAUUGCCUUCUUUCCUGCAUCUCUUGGAUUCUUAUUCUCCAGCCACAUGGUAAAACUGGCGAUUCUUCAAAUUCAUGGGCUUCAUUUGGCUUCUCUCUGACACAAGAAAAUGAGGAAGGAAGAGCAUGGUCUGCAGAGUCAUUGUCCAACGCAUUAUCAAAGCUCCGAAAGUUUCUGAGAAAGGGAGACUUUGAAGGCUUAUUAGGUAAAACUAAGGAUGCUAGUUCUACACCUCUAGAAGAAGAAAAGCGCAAAGGCACUUCAUUGAUUUUGUCAGGGAUCAUUGAAGUGAUGCUGAAUAUCAUCAUCACCGACUUCGGUAAAGCGAACAAUACAAAAAAGAUGGAUUUAGAGAAAGAGAUGCUUGAGUUUGUUAGGAUUCAUGAAUCAUUGCAAAAAAAUGUGUGUACCACUAGGCAGAGUGGUGGGGUGAAAAGAGGCUCCCUACGCCUUACAGCUAAUGAUGUCUCCGAAAGGCUUGAUAUAAGUUGCACUGUAUUGUCCGUGGAAAGAGUUCCUUUGCUUGGAACCCCAGCCAUUUGUCAGCUAUUGUAUACUGCUCCAGAAUCAUUGAUGCUUGGUGGCUCUGAGGCCCCUCAAAAUCAUAGCCAGCCUUCAUCAGGAAAGGAUUCAGCUCCAUAUGCUAACAUUUUUUCUUUUGCCUUAGAACUUUGUAUGCGUCAACUGAAAUCUUACAAUUCUGCGGCAAAAGAGGACCCAAUGAAGAUGUUGGUAUAUGGCGAUAUCAAACAAUUGGGACCCCCAUUGCUGAAGAUGGCUUGGUUUCUUAUGUCAGCAUCUAUUUCUGACAAAUUUAUCAAGAAGGAUGCUUGCAGGAAGAAAGGUGUUAAUGGAAAGAAGGAGCACCUCCACUCAGUAUUAGUGUGCUUGAAAGAAUUGAUAAAAAUAAGUCUUCUUCACCCCGGAUAUAUGGAUUUAAUGGAUUGUCUGGUGUCUGUCCCUGUCCCAGAAGAUAUUCUAAUAAGAGGUGCCGAUCAUGGUUCAAAUGAUGAAUAUGCACCUGCCAAUGGUGUAGUUAUGAAAAGUGAUGAGCUAUUCAUUCAAAAGUGUAUACAGCCAAUGCUUUAUGAGCUACUUGCACAAUCUUUCUUCCUUGAAGUUGAGGUGCUUUCAAAUAUUUUAAAUUUAAUUGCCGCUAAACUACUGCCUGAGGAGCGGAGAGAUUUUGUUGGAAAUUGGGCAAGGGGCAUCUGCAAAAGAAGAAAUGUAUCAAAUCCCAGGGUUGCUAAAAGUUUUGCCAACCUUGCUUUGUCUUUAAGCUCAGCGUCAAAUGACAUGAUUAUUGCCCAAGACAUGGCCAAAGAGCUCUUAAAUGUUGUUGGAAAAGAGGAUAGUGUUCCACAAGAGACAUCAUCUGCUUAUUCUAUCAUAAACAAAUCAACUAGCACCCACAUUGCCUCAAUCAUACUGCAAUUCCUUGAUUCAGCUAUCUCUGACAUUGAAUGGAUCAGCAUCAAGUUAAAGGAACGCCCUUGUUCAUAUAAAAGAGAUUGUUCUAGUCAACAAUUUGGUGAAAAAACAUUAGAAUUGGUCAUGGAAGAAACACUUUAUUCAAGAGCAGGAGCUGUUGUAAAGGUGGCAUCCUUUUUUGUAUUGAUGAAUCUCCAGGAUCAUGAGGCAGAACAGCUGUUAAUAAUGUGUGCAAGGUUUUACAAAAAUUUAGCCCGGAUAUCAAAGCUCUGCGUUGCUUCUAAAGGCUGCAAGCAACGCUUACCUAGUAUGAAGUUCCAAAAGCUCGUGGAAGAAACUUUCAGGCAGCUAACAACUCCCCUAUACACUUUUGUAGCAAAUGUGCAAACGAAACAACAAGAGAGUGAAAAAUGUAAAGGAUUUGCGAACAGGAUAAAAAGGGAAAACAGAUGCAUCCCUGACUUGAUCUACCAGAUUGAAGAUUACGAAAAAUACCUGAUCCAGCUUAGCAAGGCAAGCAAAGUGAAUUUGUUGAGGCAUGCAAAGCGCAGCACUUGCAGGGAUUUUAAGAUACAGUUUGCCAUGGAGCAGAGAGAUGGUAAUGGUGAUAAUGCAGUUGUUGCUGAGACUGAAUCAUCAUCAUCUAGUGAAGAGAAUGAAGCUGAAGAUGAGGCAUCAUUGGCUGCAGACAAUAGAGGAGGAGGGCAUUUUUCAGCUAGUGUGGAGGACUCAGAGUGUGAGGAGGAAGAACCAGAACUCGAUGAUGGAGCUGCUCUUAACAAGGCGAAGAGAUCAAAAACUAGAAUAGUGGAAGACUCAGAGGAAGAAGAGGCACAAGGAAUCGAGAGCCCAGACCGUAAGCCUGCUGCUGUGGUCAGAGGCUCGGGUCGGACCAUGACAAGUCAGGCUAUACCAACUUCCCUUGCCAGGAAUGUGAUCGGAUUUUGGAGCGAGUUGUAUCUCUGAGCUGUAGGAGCCUCAAACUUAGAGGUUAAUCUCAAAAUUUUCUUCUUCUGCCUUUGUACUUUUAGAAUUACUGCCAUUGGACGAUAUAAAGAUUGAGUUCCAUU